AUGCUCUGUCUCUCCCAGGUGGACGGGGUGUCCCACAACCUGCCUGUGAUCGUGGCCAAUGGGCGGCUCCGGGCAUAUCAGCACGGCGGGAACGUACUGGUGCAGACUGACUUUGGCCUCACUGUGAGCUACGACCUGGUUUACCAGGCCAGAGUCACCAUCCCAGGGACCUACCAGGGCCAGACUUGUGGCCUGUGCGGGAACUACAAUGGACGGGAAGAUGAGGAGUUCCUGCUCCCCAAUGGCAGGACAGCCCCUGAUGUGGCAGCAUUUGGCUCUGCUUGGGAAGUCGAGAUCCCAGGAGCAUCCUGUACAGACAGAUGUGCUGGAAACAGCUGUCCAGUUUGCGAAGAGAAGAAGAAGGACGUCUUCAAAGGGCGCAACUACUGUGGGCUGCUCACAGACCCUGAGGGCCCCUUCGCGGCCUGCCACGGCGCAGUCAGCCCCAGCGUGUAUCAGAACAACUGUCUGUAUGAUGUGUGCCUGGGAAACGGGGACUCCCAGGUCCUGUGCCAGAGCAUCCACAGCUACGUGACGGCCUGCCAAGAGGCCAAGGUCACCAUCCAGCCCUGGAGGAGCGCCUCCUUCUGCCCUCUGACCUGCCCAGCCAACAGCCACUAUGAGGUCUGUGCCGACCUCUGCACCACCACCUGCAGUGGAGACAUCAUGGACUGCCCGGAGACCUGUGCUGAAGGCUGCCAGUGUGACAAGGGCUUCUUCUUCGAUGGCCAGGGCUGUGUGACUCUGGAGAGCUGUGGGUGCUUCGAGCAUGGGAGAUACUACAAGCCCAGAGAGAUCAUCCUGACGAACAAAUGCCAGCAGAGCUGCACCUGCGUUCCUGCCCGAGGGGUGACCUGCAAAGCCCACAACUGCACCAGAGAAGAAACCUGCCAGAUGAGAGCCGGUAUCAUGGGCUGCAUCAGCAAAGAUCCCUGCAAAACCCUGAAAUGCCGGAUCAAGGAGAGAUGCAAAAUUGAAGAUAGCCAAGAGGCAUGUGUUCCUGCCUACACUGGAAUCUGCCUGGGCUCAGGGGAUGCACAGUAUCAAACUUUUGAUGGCCUGAAGUUUGACUUGCAGGGCACCUGUAAGCACACCAUCACUAAAUACUGUGGCAGUGACCCUACCCUGGAGUCCUUCACCGUUUAUGAGAAGAAUGACAAAAGGGGGAACCAGGAUAUCUCCUUUUGGCAGGUGACCAAUAUCUACGUCUAUGGGUACAGCAUCUCCAUCUACAAGAGGGAAGUUGGCAAAGUCCGGCUGAACAGUGUGAUCACCAGUCUCCCAGUGAUGCUGAAAGACGGUAAAAUCAGACUGUACCAGAAAGACCUCAGCACCGUCCUGCAGACGGACUUCGGCCUCCAGAUCACAUAUGACAAAAAUUGGCAUGUAGUGAUCACCCUCCCCAGCAGCUAUUAUGGGGCCACGUGCGGCCUAUGUGGGAACUUCAACCAGAAUCCAGAAGAUGACAUGACAUCAUCCAAUGGCACCAGAGUCUCCUCCAUCGUGGGCUGGGCUGCCAGUUGGAAAGUCCAAGACCGGGACCCCUUUUGCUGGGAUUAUUGCCAAGACUCUUGUCCAAUGUGUGAUGAGAGCAAGAGAGAUCUGUAUGGGGAUGACAGUCACUGUGGGUUGAUCAGUAAAGCACCGGGAGGGCCCUUCAGAGAGUGUCAGUCCUGGGUGAGCGCCGAUGACUUCUUUGACAGCUGCAUCUAUGACAUGUGUCUGAAUGAGGGGGACAAGAGCAUUCUGUGUGAGGAGCUGGAGGCCUAUGCAAAUGCCUGCAGGAAGCAUGGGGUCAUUGUUGAUGACUGGAGGACGCCAUCCAGUUGUGAUGUCUGCGAAGCUCUGAAAUGCCGGACCAAAGAGACAUGCCGGACUGAGGAUGGCCACACAGCGUGUAUUCCUGACUACAAGGGAACCUGCUUGGGCUCAGGGGACAUGCACUACCAAACUUUUGAUGGUCUGAAGUUUGACUUCCAGGGCACCUGCACCUACACCCUGGCCAAAUACUGUGGGAGCGACGCCACCCUGGAGCCUUUCACCAUUGAUGAGAAGAAUGACAAUAGGGGGAGCCAGGAUAUCUCCUUUCUGCGGGUGACCAACAUCUACAUCUAUGGGUACAACAUCUCCAUCUACAAGAGGGAAGUUGGCAAAGUCCGGCUAAACGGUGUGAUCACCAGUCUCCCGGUGAUGCUGAAAGACGGUAAAAUCAGACUGUACCAGAAAGGCCUCAGCACCGUUAUGCAGACGGACGUUGGUCUCCAAGUGGGGUACAACAAGAACUGGCAUCUGGAAAUCACCCUCCUCAGCAGCUAUUAUGGUGCCAUGUGCGGUCUUUGUGGGAACUUCAACCAGAACCCAGAAGACGACAUGAUGUCCUCCAACGGCAUCAAAAUCUCCUCCAUCAUGGGCUGGGCUGCCAGUUGGAAAGUCCAAGACCGGGACCCCUUUUGCUGGGAUUAUUGCCAAGACACUUGCCCAAUGUGUGAUGAGAACAAGAGAGAUCUGUAUGGGGAUGACAGUCACUGUGGGGUGAUCAGUAAAGCACCGGGAGGGCCCUUCAGAGAGUGUCACUCCAGGGUGAGCCCCGACGACGCAUUUGACAACUGUAUUUAUGACGUGUGUCUGAAUGAGGGGAACAAGACCAUUCUGUGUGAGGCGCUGGAGGCCUACGCAGACACCUGCAGGCACCAUGGAGUCACUGUUUAUGACUGGAGAACACCGUCCAGUUGUGAUGAAUCUGGAGAAACCUGCAAAUCCCUGAAAUGCCGGACCAAGGAGACGUGCAAGACAGAGGAUGGCCAUGUGACAUGUGUUCCCGACUACGUGGGAACUUGCUGGGGCUGGGGGGACCCACAUUAUCACACCUUUGAUGGCCUGAAGUUUGACUUCCAGGGCACCUGCACCUACACCAUCGCCAAGUACUGUGGCCACGACCACUCCCUGGAACCCUUUACCAUCGAUGAGAAGAAUGAUAACAGGGGCAGCCAGGCCAUCUCCUUUCUGCGAGUGACUAACAUCUAUGUCUAUGGGUACAACAUCUCCGUCUACAAGAGGGAAGUUGGCAAAAUCCGGCUAAACGGCGUGAUCACCAAUCUCCCAGUGACACUGUCAGAUGGUAAAAUCAGAGUGUACCAGAGCGGCUUCCGCGCCGUCCUGCAGACGGACUUUGGUCUCCGGGUGGCAUACAACUGGGACUGGCAUCUGGUGAUCACCCUCCCCAGCAGUUAUUAUGGGGCCACGUGUGGCCUAUGUGGGAACUUCAACCAGAACCCUGAAGAUGACAUGACGUCAGCCAGCGGUACCAGAGUCUCCUCCAUCGUGGGCUGGGCUGCCAGUUGGAAAGUCCAAGACCGGGAUCCCUUUUGCUGGGAUUCCUGCCAAGAGAACUGCCUGACAUGUGACGAGAGUACAAGGGAGCUGUACGGGGGCGACAGUCACUGUGGGUUGAUCAGCAAAGCACCGGGAGGGCCCUUCAGAGAGUGUCACUCCAGAGUGAACUCCACUGAGUUCUUUGAUAACUGCAUCUAUGACGUGUGUCUGAACAGGGGCGCUACAAAAAUCUUGUGCCAGGCGCUGGAGGCCUACGCAGCAACCUGCAGAGACCACGGGGUCACCGUUUAUGACUGGAGGAUGCCAUCUGGCUGUGCCCUGCCCUGCCCUGAGAACAGCCACUAUGAGGCCUGUGGGAACGCCUGUCCCUCCAGCUGCUCUGACCGAACUGCCCCCUCCUCCUGCCGGGAGCCCUGCGUGGAGACCUGCCAGUGUAAUGACGGUUACGUCCUCAGUGCUGACAAGUGCGUCCCCCUGGGGAGCUGCGGCUGUGACUACAACGGCCACUACUACAAACCCAGUGAGGAGUUCUGGGACGAUGAGAACUGCCACUCUCGGUGCAGUUGUGACUCCAGCCUGGGCACAGUGGUUUGCAGAAAGACCAGUUGCAAGGCCAAAGAAAGAUGCUCCGUGGUCAAUGGGGUCCGUGGCUGCCAUACGAUCAGCUACUCCACCUGCAUAGGUACUGGAGACCCUCACUACACCACCUUUGAUGGGAAAAAGUAUGAUUUCAUGGGUACCUGCAUCUACCAGUUUGCAGCUCUCUGCUCCGAGGACCCCACACUCACCCCGUUCAAUGUCAAAGUGGAGAACAACAACCGAGGCAGUAAGGCCGUGUCCUUCACCAAAAGGGUGACCUUAGAGGUCUACAACGUGACCAUCAGCUUGAGCCAGGAGCAUCCACGCAAGAUCCAGGUCAAUGGUGUCUUUGUGGACCUGCCCUUUUCCCACCAGCACAAGUUCAAGGCCUACAUCAGUGGAGUCCACGGCUUUAUCCAGACUGACUUCGACCUGAGAGUGAGCUUUGACUGGUACAGCUACGCCAGGGUCAUCCUACCUAAUACGUACGCCAACGCCGUCUGCGGCCUCUGUGGCAAUGCCAACCAGGACCCCAGCGAUGAUCUGACCAUGAAGGAUGGAACUCAGACAUCUGAUGAGAUUCAGUUUGCAGAGAGCUGGAAGGUGGGGGAGGUCCCAGGGUGCUCGUCUAGCUGCACCGGGGACUGCUCAGUCUGCAGUGAGGCUCAGAAACAACCCUACAAGGGAGACCAGUACUGCGGGAUCCUCACCCGAGGGGACGGGCCAUUCAGGCAGUGCCACGGGACCAUCGACCCAGCUCCCUUCUUCGAUGAUUGUCUCUAUGACACGUGCCAGUACAAGGGUCACCAGGACACUCUGUGCAGCGCCAUCAGCGCCUACGUCACAUCCUGCCAGGCCAGGGGCAUCCGGAUAGGGCAGUGGAGAUCGGCCUCAUUCUGCCGACCCACCUGCCCCCUUAACUCUCACUAUGAACUCUGUGGAAUCAGCUGCCCUUCCAACUGCAACGACCUGUGGGCUCUAGAUCAGUGUGAGAAGCCCUGUGCUGAAGGGUGUUUCUGUGAUGCUGGAUUCACCCUGAGUGGUGAGAAGUGCAUCCCUGUCGCACAGUGCGGCUGUGUGCACAAGGCCGUGUAUUACAGCAAGGGAGAGGAGUUUUACCCCAGCGCCUCCUGCCAGGAGCGCUGCCUGUGCAAAGACAAUGGGGUCGUCGAGUGCCAGGAGGCCUCCUGUGGAGCCAACGUGGAGUGCAGGGUGGAGAACGGAGUCCUGGGCUGCCACGCCACGGGAUAUGGAACAUGCGUCGCAUCUGGUGGACCUCACUACAUCUCCUUUGACGGACGGGCCUUUGACUUCCAGGGCUCCUGCACUUACACCUUAGCCAAGGUCUGCAGCAGAGACUCUGGACUGGGGAACUUCUCUGUGGUGGUGGAGAAUGAGAGCCCUGGUGGUGGCCACAUGGCUGUGACGAGGACAGUGGUGGUGUCGCUGCAUGGUUACACCAUCGCCAUGGAGCGGGGGAGGAAGUGGAAGAUUGCGGUGGGUGGUGAGCUCUACACCCUCCCACUGGCUACGGACGAUGGAAAGCUUUGGAUCAACCAAGAGGGGAACAGCAUCAUUGUCCAAUCAGCCUCUGGCCUCAAAAUCUUUUACGACACUGCCUCUUACCUCCUAGUGUCCGUCCCCAGCACUUAUAAGGGACAUGUGUGCGGCUUGUGUGGCAACUUUAACGAUGACAAGAACGAUGAUCUCCUGCUGCCCGGUAUGAAGAGUACCCAGGAUGUGGAUGAGUUUGUCACCUCCUGGAAGGUGCCUGUUGAUGCUGCCACAUGCUCUGAUGGCUGUGGUGAGAAGUGCCCCGUCUGUGAUGCAGCCCAGACAGCGCCGUACCAGACUGAGAGCUCCUGUGGGUUGAUCACAGCAACCUCGGGUCCCUUCAGACACUGUCACUCAAUAAUCAGUCCUGCUGAGUACUUCAACCACUGUCUCUAUGACUUGUGUGCCACCAACGGAAGGGGAGAGACCCUCUGCCAGAGCCUGCAGGCCUAUGUGGCUGCAUGCCAAGCAGCUGGGGCCAAGAUGGAGACCUGGAGAACGGCCUCCUUCUGCCCACUCGCCUGCCCGGCAAACAGCCACUACGAGCUGUGUACCAGAUCCUGCGAUUUCACCUGUGCCAGCUUGUUUGCCCCUGCCCAAUGCACCGGGAAGUGCUUUGAAGGCUGCUGGUGUGAUCCAGAAUACGUGUCUGAAGGAGAGACCUGCAUCUCCAUGGACAGGUGUGGGUGUGUGCACAACGGACGCUACAUCAAGGCCAGGGAGAGCUUUGUCUCCAGCAACUGCUCUGAGAAAUGCACCUGCCACGCUUCAGGCGAGGUCAUCUGUGAGGAAACAAACUGUACCGAAGAGGAGAAAUGCAUGCUCAGGAAUGGAGUGCGCAGCUGCGUGGAGCAGAUGGGCCGGUGCACGCUGGCCCCUGGAAUAUGGUUCACCUCCUUUGAUGGUGUCACGAGGGAAGUCCUCCUUGAUGGGGCCUACGAGGUGACUUCCCUCUGCGAAGGGGUCAACCUCCCCUGGUUCCGGAUGGUGGUCAUUGUGUUCAGAGAAGGUGGCUUGGCCGUUCCUGAAGGCAUCUCCGUUUUCUUUGACGAGGGUCUUAUCCAUGUCAAUAAGAAAAAGGAGAUUUGGGUGAGAGGGUACCAAAGGCGGCUCCCAGUGAAGGUGUCCAAAACCUUGUCUGUAAGUGAGUCUCAGGGCACCAUCAUGAUUGUCCAGGGCUCUAGAAUAAAGAUUCUGUUCAGCCUGAGUGGGGAGGUGACGGUGACAGUCAGCGAGAGCCUGGCUAACAAUCUGUGUGCACCUUGCGGGAACUUCAACGGCGACAUCUCCGAUGAGCUGCGGCUGCCCAGCGGGCAGGUCGUGGGGAACAUCACGGACGUGUUUGAAGCUUGGAGGGCACGAGACCUCUCAAGAAGCGAUGUUUAAAAGCCACCUGAGCUGCAAUGGACCCCUGCCCCCUUUCCCUUCCCUGCAUUGGACUGGGCUGGUUACUCAGUAACAGGUCAUAGCUUAGCAUACAAACGUGUGUUCCUUCACGUAGGGCGCUCCCUGCAGCAUGGAUGAGUUCAGUGGUGCUGGGUGCGUGAUGGAAAAUCUCCUCUGGACUUGUCAAUAGAGAAGUUUUCAAAGGAGUGUCUGAAGCAGCAGGCUCUGGCAUGCCUCGGGAAAUGGCUUUCGCAUUCCACUUGGAUCUGACUGCUAAGGUCCCUUCACAACACCCUUUAAGGCCUCUUUAUGCUGCCAAAGUGGAAUAAAGGAGCCGCAGCAUAAUGCGACUUAGGCUGUUUGUCUCUCUUCUCAGCACUAGAGUGGUAUAAAGAGGGCUGGGUAAUUGGGAAUUCAGGCCUAGGCCUAGUGCUGAUACACUGCAGGGACUAUGGGCAAAGGUGCCUAACCGUAAUCUCCCUCUACGUCAGCACUGUGUGAUAGGCGAUGCCUUUCCUAAUCUGCUCUUCCCCCGAGAUCCACAUGUGGGUCAUGCCCACAAAUCAUCUCCAUCACCUCUGGCUUUCCUCACCAGGGAAUUAACAGCACCGUCACAGAAAGGUCAGCUCAUGCCUUCUGAUCGCUGACCAGGAGGCCAACUGGGUGCUCCAUUACACUGGCAUAAUUCCAGGGUCACUCCUGAUUUACACAGCGGUGAGGAGGAGAAGAAUCAGACCCAUUUUCCAGACUAAACAAACUCAAUUUUUUCCAAUCUUC